CCAGUUACCGCUAGCUAGCUCCUCGCUGCUGCUCAGUCUGCACUCAGGUCUUGGACUAGGUGCUUUAUAGCUUGUGCUUUCUUGAUUGGAAGCUUCUUGAUACUCGUUCAACUUGGUAGCUACUUGCUGUAUCUCGAAAAUAUGAGCUCUGGAAACACAUUCUCUAUGGCUCAGUUCCGCUCUCAGUCGCUGUUCCUCCCGCAUAACUUCCGGCAGGUCCUUCGAAACAGCGUUCAAGGCGGGCCUCCCGUUCUCGGAUACGCUGUCUUCGUCAACAGCACGCAACAGCUACGAUCCGUCGCAGCCCUCGGGUUCGACUUCGUGUGGCUCGACCCGGAACACUCUUCCAUGAACGUCGAGACUUUGACCGAAUUGAUCCAUACCGUCAGUUUCGCAAGCGAGGGGCGAACCGUGCCGGUGGUGAGGGUGCCGGGUCAUGGUCAUGAAUGGAUCGCUUCGUCGUUGGAUGCUGGAGCUGGAGGCAUCAUGAUCCCUCAGAUCGACACUGCGGAGCAGGCACGAGAGGUCUGUGCCUCUGUGACGUUCGGAGCAAAGAACGGCGGAACUCGGUCUGUGCCACCGUUCCGUCUCAUUCGAGGCGUCACGGAUGUGGUGCCAGAGGGUAAGACGAUAAUCGACGUCUGGAAUGAGUAUCCAGCCAUCAUAGCUCAAAUCGAGUCUAUGAAAGGAGUCGAGAAUAUCGAGGAGAUCUGUCAGGUGGAGAGAAUAGAUUGCAUCUUUAUCGGUCAUCUCGAUCUUCGUAUCAGCAUGGGCCUCCCAAUGCAACGUGGAGAGGUCGACGAGCCAGAGUACGCCGCCAUCGUCAAGAAGGUGAACGAUACGGCGACGAAGUAUGGCAAGGCUAUCGGCGGUUCUGCCUACCCACCCCGGGUGAAGGAACAGGGUGUGGGGAAACAUUUCAUCUUGAUUGCUGGCGACGCCCUUCACCUGCAGCAGGAUAGGAAGACCCUCGCCAAGGCGCGUGACUUAUUCCAAGAACCUGCACUAGAGCGACAGAAAUUGUAGUUGUUGGACGAAGUGAUAAUGGUUGAUGUGCGGAGACAAUGUAUGGACUUUUCCUUCGACUGUACACUGGCAUCUCGAAUCCAAUAGAUGGUAGCUCUCACGUAUGUUCUCAAUCGUCCAUGGGAGGGGGUCAGCCGCACUGCAACAUUUAGAGUGACUCCAUGAUCUGAUUCAGAUAUCUAGCAACAGUCUCCGCGCCAGCCUUCACCUCCGCCUGAUCCCUAACGAUCACCAUCUCCAUCAUCCUCGCAAACUUGUCCGGGUGCCAUCUCAGCAACGCAUUCCUGACCCUCUGCUUAUGUGACUGUCCUUCCGAGUGAAGUGGUGAAAGUAUAAAGUCUCGUACGUCAAGGAACGUGAUCUCUUCAGCAUUGAACGGUGGGUUGGCCAUUGGCCAUCGGAUGCUCACGAAUGUGAGGAAGCGUGUCGAACUCGUCGUGGUUGAUAAAAUUGUAGUCCAAUCCGUCUCGUAGGCAGUCCAAGCUUCCAAGAUGGCUCGGUCCGACCUUUGUCGACUGCGAGCCUCUCGCUGUGCCUUCUCCUUCCGCUUGUCCUCUUCUCUCGCCCUCUUCUCCUGUUUCUCCCUCUUUCGCCUCUCUUCUCUCUCUCUCUCCUUUCGCUCCCUCUCCAUUUCCUUUCGCUCUUCUUCUCUCCUUCGCUCUUCUUCAGCUUUCCUCAUCGCCUCCCUAAGCUUCGCCUGUCUCGCACGUUCCUCUUCGAUCUUCCUCCUCGCCUCAUGAUCCUUGGUCCUAUAUUCCCUCAGCUCCGCCUCCAGCUCUUUCACCUUGAUAUUUAACAGACCAAUCUUCUCGAUCGACUCCUUCUUCUCCCGAAUAUACCUCUGCUCCGCCUCCACUACCUUUUGCAUCGCAUCCCUCGUCUGCUCCUGUGCAUCCUUCUCCGCCGCCUUCACCGCAGUGAGACUCGAUUCGAGUUUCCGCUUCGCCUGGUCGCUCCGUGAGAGCUGGCCUUCCGCGUUCUCUCUUCGCAUCGUUUCUUCUCGAAGUCGACGUUGGGUGGUGGUCAGAUCCUGCUGCGCCAUGUCCAGUUCUCCUCGAAGCGUCAACGAGAUGUUCUUCUCCGCCUCCAACGACUUCUCCAGACCGGUUCGAAGGUCCUUCUCCACCUUCAGCGUCCUCUGAGCCAUCUCCAACUCGAUCUCUCGAGUCAUCCUGUCCUUCCGCUCAACGUCGAGCUCGAGUAAUGCCGCCUCGCGCGCCGGGACUUCCAGCUGCACUGUAACCUCCAGCAAUUCGUUCGCCUCCUUCGCCUCCUUCAAUUGGUCGCCCAGCUCCUUGGCCUUCUUCUCCUCAACUUCUAUCCGCUCCUCCAGCUCGUCCCUUUCGCCCGUAACCACCUCCCUGGUCUUCAACUCCUCCUCCGACAACGCCUUCAUCCUCUCCAACUCCCAAUCCAACUCUUCUACCCUCCGUACCUCUCCCUCCCACCUCCCCCUCAUCUCCUCCCUCUCCGCCACCACCACCUCCUUCACCGCUCUCAACCUCUCGACCUCUCGCUUCGCCUCACCCAACUGUCUCUCCGCCCUCUUCGCCUUCGUCUGCUCGUCCCCGAACUUUUGCAAUAGCCUAUCUCGAACGUCGUGCGUUUGUUGGAGUUUCAAAGUCAGAGAGGCGAGCUUGGAGUCGAGCGUCAGUUCUUUUGUCUGUAUGUCGGAGAGUGUGGCAUCGGCCUGGUCUUGGAGUUCGGCCUGCACUGAGGUUCGGACGCGAGACUCGAAGUCCUCCAGGUGGCCCUUCAGGUCUGGAUGCGUGUCCGCGAAGUUGAACUUGAACACGGAUCCGUCGUCUCCGUCUCCUUCCUCGGACGAACGGAGAGAGUCGUCGAGGGAGUCGAGCCGGUAAGCGAGGUGCUCGAGCAUGUGGCGAGGGACUUUUAGGGUGUUCGAGUCCUUUGAACUCGAGAAAGAGGACCAGGGGCGGUCUUCGAAGUGGUCUGGAUGAGAUGGUUCGGACGUGACGAGGUCAUGCGAGAGAUCGGCUAGAUCGGAUAUUGUGUGGACGAGCGAUCUGAGGAGGUUGUGUAGGUGCGAGGAGAAGGAGGAUUCUAGGAGGGUGAGGAGGUCCGGCCAUUGAGAUUUGUGUGGCGUCGAGAGCGGUGGGCGUUGUGGCGGAGAGUCGAGCACAUCCUUGGAGAUGAUUUGGAUGGGCGAUGCGAGUUGUGUGGUCGAAUAUGAAGGAGAUGAAGAGGUGAAGUGGCUCGUUGACGUUGUUGGUGUCAGUGUUGGUGUUGGAAGUGAGAAGAUGGAGUCGGAAAGGUCGAUGCUAGUAUUGGCCGAAGACCCGAAUGAGGCGUCGGACAAGUACAAUGGAGGGUGGACGAAGGAAGGAGAAUUCAUGCUGCUCCAAAUUUUCGUGGUUAUAUGACUUUCGUAUCGCAAGCGCUCGCUCCGUGUGACAAUUCAAAGAGGCGUACAAUCUGCUAGCACUUAUAUUGCACAAAGUCGUCGCUAGGCUACCUCCAAGGUGUUCUGAUGUUGUACUCGUGCUCCUAAAGAUAGCUGCUUGACACUUAAAGCAGUAGGUCGUCUUUCGAGCAACUUCCGAAACACCCUUGCGUGCGGUUUACACGUGGGAGGUGUAUAUACUAACGUUGAAGCACAAGUGACGAGAUAUAUUCUUGUAGCGUCCCAGACACGUCGGAGAAGAUACGUUCAGUCUUCAGCAGGGGGAUAUAAGCAUGUACGG